AAGAGUAAAGAAAGUAGACUUCAACGGAGUUGACUAUCGACUUCAGUUCCAUAAACAUUUUCCAUUCGAGAGUCCUGGAACUGCGGAUUUUAACUCACAAAGAGUCAAAUGAUGGGUGGACUAGGAUCCAUUUCCACACCAAUGUGCAUCUCUUCAACAUUUCCUUCUAAACUUCAAAAUCCCAAUCCCAGAAAACUUUCACACCCAUUUCUUUCAUUUCACAAAUCUCACUCUUUGUCUCUUUCAUCUCGUUUUUCUCCUCAGAACAACAAAGUAACUGGAACCCUUUUCAUUUUGAAAGCUUCUUCUUCAGUGGGAACUGCAGAUUACACUGAGGAGCCUACAACCAAAGUGAAAUUUCAGACAUCCUUAAGUUUGCCUGGUCAUUCAAGUUCAUUGUCUUUGCUUGGUACAGGGUACAGGGAGAAAGUUUUUGCCAUCAUUGGUGUUAAGGUUUAUGCAGCGGGACUAUAUGUCAAUCAAUCCAUCUUAAGUAAAUUGGAUGCCUGGAAGGGACGGUCAGCUGCUCAGAUUCAAGAUGAUUUCUCCUUGUUUAAGUCAAUUUUUGAGGUUCCUCUGGAGAAAUCGUUACAGAUUGUGCUGGUGAGAGAUGUUGAUGGUAAAACUUUCUGGGAUGCUUUGGAUGAAGCCAUCUCCCCAAGAAUUAAGAAACCAACUCCGGUUGAUGAAUCUGCUCUGUCCACAUUUCGUAGUAUUUUCCAAGGACGACCUCUUAACAAAGGCACUUUCAUCUUUUUGAUUUGGCCAGAUCCAUCUAAAAUGCUUGUUGCUGUCUCGGCAGAUGGAUUGCCAACUAGAAUUGAUGCUACAAUUGAGUCAGCAAAUGUAGGUUCUGCCCUUUUUGAUGUAUUUUUUGGAGAUGCUCCAGUUUCUCCUUCAUUGAAAACCUCAGUUGCCGGUGGGCUGGCUGCAGUCCUCAAGUAAAUUGUUUAUGAUUAUUCAAUCAAAAAUAUAAAAACAGGAUAAAAAUGUUGUAUGUACAGUAGUUUUGAAUGACUAGACUAAGAACA